AACACAAGUGUCUCAGCAACAGUGAUCCAAGAGACUCAGGAAACUUGUGACUCCUGUGUCUUCUACAAGUCCAACAGCCUUUUCUGAUUUUAUUUUCAUUUCAAAAUACUGUCACUGCUCCCAGAAAUGUGCAGAAUUGUAGGGAGUUUACCAGCAGGUAUUCCUGGGUAGUUUGCCAUUUUUCUGAGCUGCCCAGCGAACUUGCAGAUGGACUGAUGAUGGUAUGGGGAAUUUGUGUUUGGGAGAGUUUAGCUGUUUCCUUGACAACAGCAUUUGGGGCUCCCAUGCACUGUGGGACUGAGACAAUUAAUGGGAAUGACUUAAAGAGUUAAAAGAAGAACAAAGAAAAUGUCAGCUGCAAGAUAAGAUUUUCUUCAAGCAAAAAUGUCAGAGAACUCCACUGAGUUGGUUAACUACCCUGACAAGAGCCAAGCUUUCCUUCCUGCAAUUCCCAUGAUUCCUGGAAACAGAGUGAAUCUUCUAGAAAACCGGGUGUCCAGUCAGGAGAGGACCACAGCUGUUCUCUUAGAUCAGGCCUUUCGAAUCAAAGAUGACAUUGUUUCUUAUCUUCAAGGAAGUAAGGGCCAUCAACAGGGGGAGGCAACAGCACGACAACUGCUGGAAAACCACAUACAAACUAUUACAAGCAUAGUUAAGAAGCUCAGCCAUGAUAUAGAGGUUUUGGAGAAACAAAUAAGAACAAGAGAUAAUGUUGCAACAGGAACUACUUUUGCUGUUCAAAGUUUGGACCAUAAAUACCUACAUGGAUUUGGAGACCUGCGUGGAAGGGUGGCCAGGGCCAGCUGCUGCAGCCUACAGAGAGAUUGUGGGAGUGCUCUAAUGCAGAGAAACCGGCAUGAAUAUCCUGCACAAGGGAGGGCACCAACUGUGAAGAUGUGGUGCAGAUGUGAUGCGAGCAUUGCAAAGCUAUCUGGAGACAUAAAUAUCAUCAGGCACGAGAUCCAGAGGCUAGAGAAAGAGAUUGGUGGCAUCCGCUCUACCUCAGAAAGUUAUGCUAAUAAUUUAGAGAUGAAGGUAAUGCGGCUAUUAGACAAGAUCGAGACUUCCAACUCUGAGCAAAGCUCUCAUUUAAAGACAGUCCAGGGGGAUCAACACCAUGAAUUGCAACUUCUGGAUUUCAAGGUGAAUAGUCUUCUAAAUGACCUCCGGGAUCAAAUUCAGGACCAACAAAAAUGGACAGAAAUCCAGCUGAGGCGAUCUGAACAAGAACAAGCCUCCCAUAAAGAUCAGUUUCUUAAUGCAAUGAAGGAGAGACUGGAAGCAGCAGAAAAGAAACUGGAAGAAAACCUUCACCUCUCGCUAAAGCUAGAGAAUAAUAAACCACAGCAAUGUGAAAUGGCGCUGAGCCAGGUGACAAAAUAUGAAAAUAAACUGCAUGCAAGAAUUACUAGAUUUGAAAGACAGAUCUGGAAUGAGCUGGAGGAAAUCCAGAAUGAAUAUAGAUCAGGAUUUCAGUCCAUUCAUGAAGCUCUCAACUCACUCCAACGAAUACAGAUGACAAAACUGAAACUAGAAAAAAAGAAAUUCCAGAAAGACAUAAAAAAAAUACAAUGCAAGGUAACUGAACUUCAGGAAGAGUGAAGUUUUUUCAGCAUUUGCCAUUGUUCUCUCAUCUUAACAGGACUGUUGGCUUAAAAACUGAAACAAAGAAAACCUCAUGUCUCCAUAGCAUGUUACUGCUCUGCUUAAAUCAUAUUUUAUAGUAGAACCUUCAUGAUCUAGUGCAACACUAAAGAAAAUCAGUUUUGGUGAUUUUUGUCUUGUUUUAAUAUGUUGAAGCAAGGUCAGUGUGACAAGAAAAUAAAGAUUAAGGACUGACAAAUUUGAAAGGGAUAUUUCACAAAACAUUAGCUCUUAUUUUGGGAUUUCUAGGAUCUACCUCUCCAUUUAGUGCCCUGAAAUUCUUAAGCAUAACAAGCCCAGUUCUGGUCUAAAUUAUACUUGUUUUACACUACUGCAACUAAAAUCAAAAUUGGGCCUAAUAAAUUCUCCUAGUACUGCUCUAUGUAUAUACUUAAGUCCAUUAAUAUUCAAUGGCAGUUGAAGGAAGAAUAGCAAUCCUUGCCUCAGUCUCUCUAGAAUAUAGCAGAACAUUUGGUGCGGUGUAAUUCGGGUUCGAGAUGAAGAGAAGUUGAGUCAUUCAAUGCAGCUAAGGAAACUGGUGCAAGUGAUCGAUCAAAGGCAAGAUGAUGAUUUUUGCAUUAUCAGAAAUAUGGUAUCUAUUUCCAAGCUGCUUUUCUGGUUCCUGGAAAGAAGGUGAUGGUUAUACCUAGCUUCUUGAUCAUUAAAGUGGGUAAAAUAAAAUCUUAAACACCUUUUUAUCUGCUUCAACUUUAAAAAAGGGAACAACCCUGAAAUAAGUUUACCUGGUAAUUCAGGUUCCAGGAUUCUGAGGCACUAGUACACACUAAAUUUCAGUCCACUGACAUCGGAGACAAUUUUGCCAGGGUGGGGGAGGGAAAAUGACCACAAUGCAAUUGUGGUAGAUACUCUGUACUACAACUGAUAAAUUCAUUGUCUCUGAGCCUCUCUCCAGCAAAUCAAAUGGGAUAGAACUCCGAUAAUCCUAGUGGCUCUGGUUUUCCAUGUUUGUCUAGGACAGUACUCAGGGAAAAGUUCCUCAGGCAGGGGCCCUGCAUAGCCUCUUUAACAGCAUGGUUGAUGAAUGGGCCUCAGUACAGAUAACAGGAGACUCCAAUUCAGUAACAAAUAUACUUUUCUCGCUGCAAGGAAACCUUCCUUUUCUAUGGUAUAUGCAAAAAAAUAGACUCACAACAGGAAAUGGUGUAAAGACAAAUAGUGACCAAUGUCAAAUGAAUUCCUUCUGUGUUUCAAUUUUGGUACGUUUGACUCACAUUGGGCCUUGCAGGUAGCACUCUUAUGAGACAGGUGUCUGCACUUAACACUUUGCUGCUCCCAUCUUGGCAACCCUUUAAUAGCACAUCACUCUGUGUCACACAUAUUCAGGGAAUAGCAGAAAAUCUAUAGUGCCACCUGCAAUCCUAAUAUACUUCUACAGACCCUUGCCCAGCUGUCUUCUGAACUCAUCCUAUAGGGCUCACAUUAGUCCCUGCCUAUGAAGGUGACACUACUAGGUGCCAUAACAUUACUUGUAUAAGCCAUGAAGUUAUGGCAAAAUAUAGGGCCACUGAGGAAUUUAUUCCAAAGUAGCACAGUAUGCCUCAGAUGUUUGGAUGGAUCCAGCGCAUCCUACAGAGAGCCUAAACCUGACACAAGGGGAAGACCACAGUUGCAGGUGUGCAGACUGGCUGGGGAAGGCUCCUUUUCCCCUCUAUGCCCUCCUUUGGACAAGAUUACUCUUGCCUUCAUGCUACAGCACAAAGUAUUGAUUUGCAUGAUUACAUUGCAAGUUUGAGACAUUUAGAAUUAAAAUUUCAUGUGAAAUAAACAUGCUAGAUGAGCUUCACUACUGCUAUUGCUGAUUGGGCAGUUUUUGUGCAAAAAGACAUGAUCAAAAGCCUUCUUUUCCGCAUGAUGCAAUUUAUACUCCGCUUCACAGCCAGCCAAAGGUUCAUGGCUGGUCGCAGCUUUUCCUCAUUGGCUGGCUUUGUGGAAGGCAUAUUAGUCUGGCCAGAUGGCAAGGCAGAUAACAGAAUUCAAGGCCCAAUCUUGGAAGUUCACAUCCAAGAAAAAUGUAGGGCUGGGCCUUAUGCUUUUUUUUAAAAAAAGAAAGAGUUUGGUCUAAAAUGUUAUUUACAUAGCAUUAAGCCAAAAGAGAGAUUCCAAAGCUAUAGGCAGCGCAGAGUACUUUGGAGUGUCAGAUAACCAUAACCCUAUUUGCAGGACAGGUGGAAUUAUUUGUUACUAUUGUUUUUUUCCAAUCAAAACUGUUUGUAUUGGUUAUAAGGCUGUUCCUAUCCUUCACAAAUGCUUUGCUUUCAUUUAAACUAUACAGAAUACCUAAAUAUAUUAGAUCAGUGUG